AUGUUUACGGUGAUCCCUGACGCUAACACACGACACCGGCCUUGUGAGAACCUGGCGGCGGCGCGCGGGGAGUUUGUGAUCUUUAGUUUAGUUUAUUGUAAAUAAACUCCAGCUGCAAUGUUCCGGUGUAAAGCGGUGUGGAAUAAACUGGGCCCGGUGGCGCGAGCCUCCUCCACGCUGUGUCGGCAAACCGGGAAGAGAGCGCUGCUGAGGCAGGACAGGAGGCCGGCGUUCGCACCGCAGACCCACAUGUCAUCGGGUCCGUUGGGAGGAGGCGGAGACAACGCCAUAUACUACGUGCUGGUGGGAGCGGCAUGUGUGGGAGGCGGAGUCUAUGCUUACCGCACCCUCUCGGGAGACAGCACCAGGUACUUCGAGAGAAUCACAGAAAUCGAGGACAGGGCGAAGAAAACGGCAGAACCCGUUCGUCCCACUCCUGCUGUAACGAAAGAACCAGAGGUCACGGCAGCAGAAGCAGGAAAGACAGAACAAACAAAAGAACCCACGGCUGAAGAUGUCUCAGAACCCAUACAUGAGUCUUCAGUUGACGAAUCUUCUCAAGAACCAACAGCAACUGAAGUUGACCCAGGAGCCCUUGUGUCUGAGCCAACUGUAACAGAAGCUGCUUCUGAAACUGUUCCAGAAGACCCUACUCCAGAACCUUCUGUAACAGAAGCUGCUUCUGAAACUGUUCCAGAAGACCCUACUCCAGAACCUCCUGUAACAGAAGCUGCUUCUGAAACUGUUCCAGAAGACCCUACUCCAGAACCUUCUGUAACAGAAGCUGCUUCUGAAACUGUUCCAGAAGACCCUACUCCAGAACCUUCUGUAACAGAAGCUGCUUCUGAAACUGUUCCAGAAGACCCUACUCCAGAACCUCCUGUAACAGAAGCUGCUUCUGAAACUGUUCCAGAAGACCCUACUCCAGAACCUUCUGUAACAGAAGCUGCUUCUGAAACUGUUCCAGAAGACCCUACUCCAGAACCUCCUGUAACAGAAGCUGCUUCUGAAACUGUUCCAGAAGACCCUACUCCAGAACCUUCUGUAACAGAAGCUGCUUCUGAAACUGUUCCAGAAGACCCUACUCCAGAACCUCCUGUAACAGAAGCUUGUACUCCUGAACCUGUCGUGGAGGACCCUACUCCAGAACCUUCUUUAACAGAAGCUGUCCCAGAACCCCUUGUUUCUGAAUCAUCUAUAACAGAACCAACUGGAGAAGAAGUGCGCCUUGAAGCUCCUGUAACUGAAGCUCAUGUCACUGAAGAAAAAUCUGCUGAAGAACCUCCAGCUCCUGUUGUUGAGAGCGAGCCUGUGCCUGAAGUGGCGGCAGAAAGCGUGCCUGAGACUCCACCAGUAGCCCAAAGUGAGCCUGAACCUGCUCCCACUGCCGCCGCCCCUGUAGAACCCACGCCUGCCCUCCCUGAGGUCCCUGCACACACCCCUUACCUCCUGAUUGGUGGAGGAACGGCAUCGUUUGCAGCAGCGAGGUCUAUUCGUGCCCGUGACCCUGGUGCUCGGGUUUUGAUCGUGACUGAAGAAACCGACCUGCCGUACAUGAGGCCUCCUCUGUCCAAAGAGCUGUGGUUCUCUGACGACCCCGCCGUCACAGAAACACUCCGCUUCAAACAGUGGAACGGCAAAGAGAGGAGCAUUUAUUUCCAACCUCCUUCUUUCUACGUGAACCCCAGUGAGCUGGAAACGGUGGAAAAUGGGGGCGUGGCUGUGCUGAUGGGGAAGAAGGUGGUGCACAUGGACGUCAGGGAGAAUAAAGUUAGACUGAGUGACGGUGCUGAGAUCUCUUAUGACAAAUGUUUGAUUGCUACAGGUGGAGUUCCCAGAAACCUGCAGGUAAUUGAGCGAGCCAGCGAGGAGGUGAAGAACAGGACGACGCUUUUUAGGAAGAUUGAGGAUUUCAAAGCGCUGGAGAAAGUUUCCCGAGAGCUCAAGUCCAUCACUAUCAUCGGGGGCGGAUUCCUGGGCAGCGAGCUGGCCUGCGCCUUGGGCAGGAGAUCUCAUGAUCUGGGCCUGGAGGUGAUUCAGCUGUUCCCGGAGAAAGGGAACAUGGGUAAAGUUCUACCUGAGUACCUGAGCAACUGGACCACAGACAAAGUGAAUAAAGAGGGCGUCCAGGUGCUGACGGAAGCUGUGGUUAAGAACGUGUCCUAUAAGGACGGAAAAUUGGAGAUAAAACUGAAAGACGGUCGACUGGUGAAGACGGAUCACAUCGUGGCAGCCGUGGGUUUGGAGCCCAGCAUCGAGCUGGCGAAAUCCGCCGGCCUGGAGAUCGACUCGGACUUCGGAGGGUAUCGGGUGAACGCCGAGCUGCAGGCGCGAUCCAACAUCUGGGUGGCAGGUGAUGCUGCAUGUUUCUAUGACAUCAAGCUGGGUCGGAGGCGGGUGGAGCAUCAUGAUCACGCGGUGGUGAGCGGCAGACUCGCUGGAGAAAACAUGACCGGAGCCAGAAAGCCCUACUGGCACCAGUCCAUGUUCUGGAGUGACCUGGGCCCUGAUGUAGGAUACGAAGCCAUCGGUAUUGUAGACAGCAGUCUCCCAACUGUAGGAGUGUUUGCAAAAGCUACAGCCAAGGACACACCCAAAGCAGCUACUGAGCAAUCAGGUACAGGAAUCAGGUCGGAGAGUGAGACGGAGGAGGUUGCCGGGACACUUUCCACAGCUACAGCAGCUCCUGCCCCGCCCACACAGCAGGAGAAUUAUGGGAAAGGAGUGAUCUUCUACCUGAGGGACAAAGUGGUGGUUGGCAUCGUGCUGUGGAACGUCUUUAACAGGAUGCCCAUUGCCAGGAAGAUCAUUAAAGAUGGAGAGGAACACGCUGAUCUGAACGAGGUGGCCAAGCUGUUCAAUAUUCAUGAAGACUAAACACACACGCUGUACUUGUGGAACCUGGGAAAAACUUCUGCAAAAAAUUACCAUGCGCACACACACACACACACACACACACACACACGCACAUAACUCUAUCAGACCUGUGGUUCUGCCUCCAGCCCUGUUGGUGGCGCUGUGGUCGUGGCUCGCUAUUGGACUCGUCAGAUCAGUACUGUUCCGUCUCUCCUGAAGAAAACCUGUUGUUUAUACGGGGACAUUGUACACGUGUUUUCUAGUGAGGUCAGUAAAUGUAUAUUUGCAAAACGCUUGAGCCGUCCUCUCUUUCCUGGAGUCUCGACUUUUUUUGCUGCAUGAGGUGUUGAAACCCCAAUCAGGAUCCACGGUAUGCUAAGUCAGCGUUCCAGUACUGCUUUAACACACCUUUAUGUUCCUUUCAUGUUAACUACGCUACAGAUGUGGUCACUUACAAUUCAAGGUUUUUUUUUUUUAUUAUUAUUAUUUUAAAUGGGAUAUUUGAAUCAAUGUUUCAUAUGUGCUUCAGGAUUUGUAAUUGAAAGUAAGUAUGUUACGUAAGUAAGAUGUGAUGUACAGGUUUGAGCGUAGCUCAUAAGUAUAUUUACACUAGCUAUGCAGCAGUUUAAACAUGUUUAUGAUUCAGUGUUUGCAUUAUAAACAGCUUCAUCCACCAUUUUCUGGAUUUGUAUCACUGCCUUCUGGGUAAAUUGCGAUGCUGGUGUUGACUCGAUCCCUCCGUGCAGUAAACCAUCAACCUUGGCUUGAGCUGGAGAGGAAUUAAAGGAAUGCCCCUGAACAAGGGGAAGUGGUCAAGGGUGUGUUAAACAGUAUUGGAACUCUGGGGCAAAGCAUCUCGUACACAUUUCAUUGGAUAAAGUUGAGCUGUUGGAGUGAUUCUGAUUGGGUUUUUUUUUUACCAUGAGAAAAAGCUGCACAAACUCCUCUCUCAUCUCUCCUGAACCAUGUGACAUGAUUUGUUUUUCUGAGACUUAAUUAAAACAAAUUAUUUUUGAACUUG